AAAGUAGCUAUCUAGGAGAAAUGUCUUCUCAAUCACCUACAGUAGUAUCAUCAGCUUCUCCUUUGGUUCAUGCUGGAAAUUCUGAACGAAGAUCCGUGGAUUUUCUCCCGAGCAUUUGGGGGGAUCAUUUCCUAAAUCAUGCCUCCGACUCCAUGAUGAUCCAUGAAAGUGCCGAGAAGCAAAUUUUGAAAUUGAAGUCCGAGGUGAAGAGGAUGCUGGAUGUCAAUAGUAGUCUUCCGGAAAAGCUAAACCUGAUCGAUCAAAUUCAGAGGCUAGGGAUCAGUUAUAUCUUUGAGAGGGAGAUUGACGAGGCUCUCGAGCAAAUUCACCAAGUUUACUUUGAACGCAAUGCCGGAGACGACGUUGAUAUGAACACCACCGCUCUCUUGUUCCGUUUGUUAAGGCAACAAGGCUACAGGAUUUCAUGCAAUGUCUUCGACAAGUUUAAGGACUCGAGCUUAGGAAGUUUUCGGGAAUCCCUUGUCACUGACAUGAGAGGACUGCUAAGCCUGUACGAGGCCAGCCAUCUCCGAGUUCGUGGAGAGGACAUUCUAGAAGAAGCUCUCGCCUUCACCUUCACUCAUCUUAAAAGAUUUAUGGAGGAAUACAACAAUAAUGAGUCACACUCAUUACCGAUCACGAGAACCAGAAGCCAUUCACUGGCAGCUCAAAUCGGCCAUGUCCUGAAGCAGUGUCUGCGGAAGGGGUUGACGAGGAUAGAGGCACGACAUUACAUCUCCAUCUACGAAGGAGAAGGUUCUCACAGUGAAGUGUUGUUGAAUCUGGCCAAGUUGGACUUCAAUUUGCUCCAGAAACAACACCAGAAGGAGCUCAACGACAUCGCAAGGUGGUGGAAAGAGUUGGACUUCGGAAGGAAACUGCCUUUCGUGAGGGACAGAGUUGUGGAAUGCUAUUUCUGGAUUCUUGGGGUGUACUUCGAGCCGGAGUAUGCGCUUGCUCGCAACAUUGUCACGAAAGUUAUCAUGCUGACUUCGGUUAUGGAUGAUAUAUAUGAUGUCUAUGGUACACCAGAAGAGCUGCAACUCUUAACUGAUGCAAUUGAAAGGUGGGACAGGGGGAAGACUGGUCAACUGCCAGAGUACAUGCAAGUUUUCUAUAAGGCAUUGUUGGAUGUGUUUGAUGAAAUUGAGGAAAAGUUGGUCGAUGAGAAAGGAAUAUCUUAUCGACUGUUCUACGGAAAAGAAGCAGUAUAUAUUCGUCAGAUUGAUUCACUAGUUUCUUUAAUAUAUAUAUAUAAAUAUUUUUUUUUAAUGAAAACCGAUAACGAACUUCCAAUUACAUGCUAUAUUGAAUGGGGCCAGCAAAGUGAUCAUCUUAUAUCCUCUUGCUUUCCCCAGAUGAAAAUGCAAGCUAGGGCAUACUUCGAUGAGGCCAAAUGGCUGAACCAACCGCAGUACAUUCCUACAGUUGAAGAGUACAUGUCCGUGGCAGUGGUAUCAUCGGGAAUGUAUCAUUCAAACCAUACAUGUUCAUCUACAUAAUAAAUAAUAUUUUUAUGUAAUUUAUUAUUAUUGUUUACCCAAAAUAGAUCAUGAAAUAGGUUGGUCCGGCCCAAUAUAUUGCAUGGGAUAUCGUAUAUAGCAUGGGUACAGUUUAAU